AUGAGUACUCAGUUAAAGAAUGAAGAAUUUGUUUUAUUCACUCGUCCGUCUGGUCAAAGUGACAUUAAAUCAGCAUGGAAACUACAAUCUUGUCUAAUGCCCAUUAUCACCAAAGAUAAUGAAUUUAUACUAGAAACAUUAUUUGUCUCCGUUGAUCCUUAUCUUAGUAGUGGUUUGAAAAAAUCUGCUUUAGGUGGUGCUAUAAAUUCUAUUGGUUCAAUUCAAAUAUCGGGUUUAGUAGCACGCGUUAUUGAAAGUAGAAAUCCAAAUAUUCCAGUUGAUACUAUUGUUACAGGAAGAAUGGAAUGGAAACGAUUUAUUCUUGCAAAUGGUACGGAGCCAAGAUUUAGAAUUGUGCAGAAACCUACCGAUAAAAAUACAAUUUAUAAUAAAAUUGGUUUUAGUACUGCAGUUGGAGUAUUAGGAAUGCCUUCACAAACAUCUUAUUAUGGAAUAUUAUCCGUAGCCAAUACUCAACCAUCAGAUGUUUUAGUAAUAAGCGGUGCUGCAGGAGCUGUUGGUACAAUUGCUGGACAAAUUGCAAAGAAAAUUAGAGGAGCCAAAAUGGUCAUUGGAAUUGCUGGUGGAAAGAAAAAAUGUGACUGUAUUGUUAAUGAAUUAGGAUUUGAUGCAGCAAUUGAUUAUAAAGAAUAUAAUACAAAGGACAAAAUGGUCAAUAGGCUAAAAGAACUAACACCAUCUGGUAUAACACAAUAUUUUGAUAAUACCGGUGGUUUUGUUACUGAUGCUAUAUUUGAUAUAAUUGAAAGACAUAGUAAAAUUAUUAUUUGUGGUCAAAUUAGUACUUAUAAUAAUAGUGAAGAAGAUUUAUCAAAAUCAAAUAUUUAUCCAAAUUAUUUAGCUAAAACUAUUUAUCGUGGUUUAUCCAUUUUAGGAUUUGUAUGUAGUGAUUUUAUUCAUCGAAAUGAAGAAGAAUUUUUUAAAGAUAUGCCCAAUUGGUUAGAGCAAGGAAUAAUCAAAUUUCAUGAAACUAUUAUUGAUGGAUUUGAAAAUUUACCUCGAGCUUAUGAAAUGCUUUUUACUGGAGAAAAUAUUGGAAAAAUAGUUGUGAAAGUUUAA